GUCAGAUUUGACAAGGAGCCGCUAGUGGAUAAGACAAAGAAUCGCGGAGUUGCAAAGUCAAGAUAUCGGCGGAGACCGGACGUGUGGAACGUGCAUGUAGGCAUAGUGGUGCUGGCAGACCUCGCAAUGGACAGGGGGCAGCCACGCGAGGAAAAGUCCCGCAGCAAGGAACAUGGAUGGUACACGACGGCAUAG